AUGCCCUGUCAUAAACGAAAAGGCCUGUCCCAGGGCCCUUUUGAAGGCAAUCAUACCGCAAAGAUACCCGCCCCUAAGCAACAAAGGUUCGAGGCCCCCAAUGACCCAAAUGUUGACGUUGUGGACGUGGAUGUGGAUAAUCAUCUUGGACGAUCUAUUCGGCGCAUGAUGGUACUUCGCAAAUCGAGCCUUCCUAUUUACGUGGACGACGACGACGCUUACGACUAUGACAUCCUGCAAAAGAGCCCUAAAGAGCUUCAACAGGAACUGCGCAGGCACAUGACUUAUGUCAAUGAUGGGCUAGCACAGUCUGAAUAUAUGGCUGCUAUUGACGAACAUAUUAUAGAUGAACUCGCUCGCAUGGUUUAUGGGUCCAAUAUGAUCGAGAAUGUGGGCGGAGGUCUCGACAUCACACUGAAGCUCUGCAAAGAAGUCUUUCGAGGAGGCAAAGAACCACCCGAAGAGAUUAGCGAACAAGACCCAGAUUACGAACAACUCGAUCUCUAUCUCUACAAUAAGGACCUACCUUGCAAACAUGCCAAUAUCCUUCAAAGUUACCGAGAAAUCGUUCAACAUGCCAAGGCUGCCAGGUUCAUGAUCGAGCAAGUCUGCAUCAACGACAAGAACUUAUCUGAGUAUAUUAUCACGCAAGCGCAUGGUGACCUGACAUACAAAAUCGAAAUCAGCAAGCGUAUACCCUGGAACGAAUACAGUGGACAGUAUCGAUUAUGGAAUGUCCAGUGUGGUUCCCACGUCUUCAUGGACCACAGCAAAGUCCGCAUCGCGAUACGCGACAUGAUAGAAGAACUAGAGUCUGACAUAGAAAAGGCUACAGACAAAGGACAAAUCGACCCGGUAGCGCUUGCAAGUAAGUACUGCCACAAGUUCGUUAACAUCCAUCCGUUUGGAGACGGCAACGGCAGGAUGUGCCGUCUUAUUCUUAACACUCUCCUCAUCAAGUACGGCGGCGGACCAAUCGUCAGCAUUGGGCAGGACGACAGAGAUCGACGAGAAUAUUUGCGAAUUGCCGUGGCACAGAGUAUGAAGCAGCUCGCGUUUUUCACAUUACAACAUGCCUGUGAUAGUAUGCUCAGGUUAGAAGAGGCGACAAAACUUAGGGUAUCCAUCCUAAAUGAUGAAAAGGCUGGGGUAAUUUAG